AAUCGGUGAGACGAACUUUCAACGGCGAAACAUAGCGACGGCGAGGUGAGAGUUUCAAGGAAGACCGAUGAAGAUGAAAUCUGUAUUCGACGCUUCGGAGAUCAAAUCGGAGUUCGAGUCAGCGGGAAUAAACCCUAAUUUCAUGAUUCCGAUCUGGAAGUAUGUAAUUCAGAAUCCCGAUUGCGUUUGGGACGAGAUCCCUUCAUUGCCCACCGCCGCAUACACUCUCCUCCAUUCAAAGUUCAAGACUUUCACUUCGUCUCUCCACUCCCUCUUCCACUCUUCCGAUGGCACCACCUCUAAACUCCUCAUCAAGCUCCAGAAUGGAGCUUUUGUGGAAGCUGUGAUAAUGAGAUAUGAUACUCGGUUGGGGAUGUGUGGAGGGAAGCCACGCCCUGGAGGUGUGAGAUCUACUCUAUGCAUUUCAUCCCAGGUUGGUUGCAAAAUGGGCUGCACCUUCUGUGCAACUGGUAGUAUGGGAUUCAAAAGUAAUUUAACAUCAGGAGAAAUUGUGGAGCAGCUUGUCCACGCCUCUCGCCUAGCUGAUAUACGCAACAUCGUUUUCAUGGGAAUGGGAGAGCCUUUAAAUAACUACAAUGCUGUUGUUGAAUCCGUGCGUGCCAUGUUAAAGCAGCCUUUUCAGCUCUCACCCAAGAGAAUUACCAUUUCAACUGUUGGAGUUGUUCAUGCGAUAAACAAGCUUCACAAUGAUCUACCAGGUAUAAGUUUAGCGGUAUCUCUGCAUGCACCAGUUCAAGAAAUCCGCUGCCAGAUAAUGCCAGCGGCUAGAGCCUUUCCUCUUCAAAAGCUCAUGGAUGCACUUCAAGCUUUCCAGAAAAACAGUCAGCAGAAGAUCUUCAUUGAGUACAUCAUGCUUGAUGGAGUAAAUGAUCAAGAGGAGAACGCUCAUCAACUAGGCGAAUUGCUAAAGACAUUUCAAGUGGUGAUAAAUUUGAUACCGUUCAACCCAAUUGGGUCCACAAGCCAGUUCAAAACCAGCACCAAACAAAGCGUCUCGAUCUUCCAGAAGAUCCUGAGGGAAACCUACAAUAUACGAACCACGGUUCGCAAAGAAAUGGGUCAGGAUAUUAGCGGUGCUUGCGGCCAGCUAGUCGUGAACCAACCUGACAACAAGAGACCAGCAGAACCACUUAGAGACAUUGAAGAUCUGCAUCUCUAACUUUAGGACCAGACAUCUCUGAAAUUUUCCUAAAGAGACCAAAGAUAUAUGGUUUGUAUUAUCUUCCAAGUCACUCUUGAAAACCUUUUUCUUAGUUAUUUGACAUAUUGUUCCUCAUUACUCUGGUGAAAACACUUGGCUCA